CCUGUGUGUACUUGUUAGCCCUGGGCCUUGAGGAUCCGGCUCGGGGUGGACUGAGCACGGUUCCCGAGCUCAAAGGGAGAAUAUUGGAAGGUUAUGUUUGGUGGUUGGGAGACGUGCCUACCUUACUUCCUAGGCACGGCGUCUCAAAUGUGCUUUGAUGUGUAGAGAGUAAUUUGAAGGCUGCCGAAACGGCCUCUGCUCUAGAUUUUGCUAAUUGUUUUCUCCUCUCUGGCUGUUGGACGCACACCUUUCCGGAGGAUGGGGAGGUGACCAAGGUCCUGAGCUGUCACCUGAACUUGUGUGAGCAGAGAACCUCGCCUUUGCUUCUAUUUUAGCACCUGACCACACCAGCAAGGCUGCUCUUUGGCGUAAAUUGCAAUCGAUUAGGGAUCGUUUCUCAGACUCGAGUUAGAAGUGAGAGUUCAGAUAAGUGAGGCCGACAUUGCUGCUUUGAACACCUCAGAAGGGGAGAAUGGAUUUAUCAGGAGUGAAAAAGAAGAGCUUGCUAGGAGUCAAAGAAAAUAAUAAAAAGUCCAGCACUAGGGCUCCUUCUCCUACCAAGCGCAAGGACCGCUCUGACGAGAAGUCCAAGGAUCGCUCUAAAGAUAAAGGGGCCACUAAAGAGUCAAGUGAGAAGGAUCGUGGCAGGGAUAAGACUCGGAAGAGACGCAGUGCUUCAAGUGGAAGCAGCAGCACCAGGUCUCGAUCCAGCUCGACCUCCAGCUCGGGCUCCAGCACUAGCACAGGUUCAAGCAGUGGCUCUAGCUCCUCCUCUGCAUCCAGCCGCUCAGGAAGCUCCAGCACAUCCCGAAGCUCCAGUUCUAGCAGCUCUUCCGGCUCCCCAAGCCCUUCUCGGCGCAGGCAUGACAACAGGCGGCGUUCCCGCUCCAAAUCCAAGCCACCUAAAAGAGAUGAAAAGGAGAGGAAAAGGCGGAGCCCUUCACCUAAACCCACCAAAGUGCACAUUGGGAGGCUUACCAGGAAUGUGACCAAGGAUCAUAUCAUGGAAAUAUUUUCUACUUAUGGGAAAAUUAAAAUGAUUGACAUGCCUGUAGAAAGAAUGCAUCCUCAUCUAUCCAAAGGCUAUGCAUAUGUGGAGUUUGAGAAUCCAGAUGAAGCAGAGAAGGCACUGAAACACAUGGAUGGAGGACAAAUUGAUGGCCAAGAGAUCACUGCUACUGCUGUGUUGGCACCCUGGCCUCGGCCACCCCCACGGCGAUUCAGCCCACCCAGGAGAAUGCUUCCACCGCCUCCCAUGUGGCGCAGGUCACCCCCACGGAUGAGGAGGAGGUCUCGAUCCCCAAGACGCAGGUCUCCUGUGCGUAGGAGGUCUCGAUCUCCCGGCCGCCGCCGCCAUAGGAGCCGCUCCAGCUCUAACUCCUCCCGAUAAGCAGGGACAUUGAUUCGUACCUCUGUAACUUAUGUUCCCCCAACUCAGUUUUGUCCUUUCUCUAGCCAAAUGUGGAUCUGUAGGGAAGGAUCCCAUACCAGGGUGGUCUUUGAAGACAGCAGUUGAGAUAUUUCCUCUUCAUGAGGAUUCUGGCUGCAGAGGUACUGUUGAUUCAGGACUGUGCCCAUAGAGGUACCCUGUAGUUUUCUGGCUAGAAAAUUCACCCCUUCCAGUUCUUGAAAGUUCAGUUGGUAGCUGGCACAGGCGAACCUCUAUAACGCAUCACACCAUUUUCCACAGAUGAUCGAGGACCAGUCAGAUGGCCUAGCCAUGCCCUUGCUGUCGGUGUGCCACAUCUGCAGACGGGAUCAAGCGGCUGUGUUGUUAGUUCUGACCAUGUAUCUUUUCCUGUCCCCAUGUCUCUGUUACUCUCUGAAAUCGGUGAGCCAGUUAGUUCUACAGGCCUCAUGGAACCUACCACCACCCCAUUAUCGCCUGCCAUUCAUGAUGAUGUGGCAGGUUAACCUUGGCAAUGUAUACAUUGCCUCUUUUUGCUUUUAUUGUACAGUCAGUACUAUAAAAUUUGUUUUGAGUUUUAUAACUUUGUAGCAUUUUAGAUAAGGUUGUGUUUGUACUUGUAUAGAGUGAAAGGACUGUGUUGAAUAAACUAGGAUUAGAACGCAA